AUGUUCAAAGGUAAGAUAACUUUAAAAACGUCAAAUAUCUUGAUAUUUAGUUUUCCAAAAAAGCAAAGUGAGCCCCAGGUUUUCAUGGCAACAAUUGACCUGGACACUGUUCGAAAACCGUCCGCUAAUUCGAAAGUAGUACAUGAUGUAGGAUCAGAGUCACAACAACAAAGAAAAAAUGUUACCAAAGCACCAGAUUACGGAGACUAUGAGGACUAUGAACUGACUGCUAAACCAGAAGAUUGGACUACUACAACAGCUUUACCAGGCAAAAGAUCCAAUCGCAAGGAUCAAAAUGAGCCCCCGUUGCUGGAUUCCCAAUUCAAACCACACGUGAGAGUAUUGUUGAAUGAUGAAAAAAGCACGGAAGAUAUUCGAGAUGAACUUUCUCGCCUAAUAGGUGACCUGCACAGAGAAGAAAAUACACUGAGAACUACAGUAACCAAGGAUGAUAUGACAGCAACUCCUUUAUCAAUUAGAAGAAAUCCAACUUCUACACAGGACAUAGAGGCAUUGGUUUCUUCAGUUGAAAUGAUGUUACUGGGAAAUGAGACAAUGUUCUUUGGUGAUGAGGAAGGAUCUGGAGAAAAUUCUGGAAAUGAUGAAAUAAUCAAUACAACACUUCCAACUACGACAGUCGGUACAACAUCAAGAAAACCAUUGCUUUUCACCACUGUGAUACAGGAAGUAAAAAAUGCACCAGUUACAGCAAGACCGGAUCCAUUUGCUCACCUUGACUAUGAUUUGUCAGAUCACAGUAAUUUAAAAAAAUCAAAGAAAACUAUGCCAAAAGUCGAUAGACUGACAAAAUAUAAGCUUCAUGGUGGAUCAGUCGAGCCUACGAAAAAAUUAAACAAAUCUAGUCUUGUCAAAAACCCAACUCCGCUCAUUGUUCGACCAGGAAAGAAAUCAAAGUUCAACCGGAGAAAGAAUCUCAGAAAAGUUGGGAAAAUCGAUAGAAUGCGCAGAGUCAAAAAUUUGAACCACCGAAUCCGUGCACAAAAUAGAAUGAGAAUUCGCAAAGUUCUUUCAAAAAUGAUAUUUGGAGCACGAGAUUCUGAUGUUAUGCCGAAUAAGCAAAAACCGAAAUUAGUGGGAUCAGAUGGAAUUAUAAUGCCUCGUCAACCAGCAAGAAAAUUGCAAAAAAAUCAAGCCGUCGAUUUUCAGAGAAGAGAUAAGAGAGAUGCAUCUCCUCAGUUGCAGUUUAUUGAUUCUGAGCAAGAACAAGUUGAAAGUUUAUCAGCAGGUGGAGCAUGGGAUACAGUACCAAUUGAAAAAAGUAUAAUUGAAUCCAUUCACUUGGAGCCUCAUCCAUAUUAUCAUUUGAAAACUGAAACAAGAACUCAAGUUGAACCAAGUCCAAUGGUAACCGAAGCAUCUUUAGAUGAUGAAUAUGAAAAAUAUGAUGAAGAUGAAAAUGAAGUUGAAGUGAGAGACACCCGUCCAAUGAAAAAUGGACUUGUUCAAGUUUCACUAAACGGGAAUACAGUAUCCAAUGCACCCAAACGGAUGAAAAUGGUGGCAUUGAACUCCGUGAAAAAGAUUAGCAAAAAGGAGAAAAGUACAAAUGGAUUAGCGGUUGUUGCUCCAACGGCCAAGAAACAAACAAUGCUCGAACUUCUGAUUGGCGACUUUUUGAUGAGAGUUCCUCCGACUGCACGUAAUCCUUAUUUAACGGAAGAACAAUGGUCAUAGCUAUAUCAUUCCUCGUUUAUCUUUGAUCUUUGAAGUGUGCAAUAAAUUUUAAUUAUUUUUAUGCGAUUUCAAUAUAUGUCAUACUUCUGUUGAAAUCAUACAUAAUUUUAUUUUGAAGUUAAUUAAUGAAAGUUACCGGCUU